AUGAUAUUUGUAAUUGAUUCUACAAAAGAGCCACUUUAUGGUGAAGGUGGGAGGAAUCCAGAUGUCGGAGAAAUAUCUAAGUUUUACCAAUUUGUGAGGGAGAAUGAACAAAUACUCUAUCCAAACUGUAGGAAGUAUAGCAAGCUAUUAUUUAUCAUACAUUUGUAUCAUUUAAAGUGUCUUCAUGUAUGGAGUGACAAAUCAUUUUCUAUGUUGUUAGAUUUACUCAGAGUUGUUUUACUAGAAGAAAAUAGUUUGCCAAAGUCAUACUAUGAAACUAAGAAGAUAAUUUUAGGGUUAGGAUUGGGGUAUGAGAAGAUUCAUGCUUGUCCCAAUGAUUGCAUACUCUAUUGGGAUAGAUAUAUAAAUGAUCAAGUAUGUUCAAAGUGUGGUACGUCAAGGUGGAAAACAAAAGAUGAAGAUGUACAAACUAAUGGGAUGGAGACCUCUCAAAAGCGAAAGAAUUUACCAGCAAAAAUUCUUCGAUGGUUCCCAUUGAAGCCAAGAAUGCAGAGGUUGUUCAUGUCCUCCAAAGUUGCUGAGUCGAUGAGAUGGCACCAUGAGGGUCGAUUGAAUGAUGGUCUUCUUAGGCAUCCUGCUGACUCCCUUGCUCGAAAAGAGUUUGAUGCUCGAUAUCCAAUAUUUUCUUCAGAUCCUCGUAAUGUUCGAUUAGGAGUGGCUUCUGAUGGUUUCAAUCCUUUCAAGACUAUGAGUAUUACUCAUAGCACUUGGCCUGUUAUGGUAAUUCCAUAUAAUCUUCCUCCUUGGAUGUGCAUGAAACAAUCAUUCUUCAUGUUAUCAUUACUAAUUCCUGGUCCUAAAGGUCCCAGAAAUAACAUUGAUGUUUACGUACAACCAUUAGUAAGAGAGUUGCAAGACUUAUGGGAAAAUGGAAUUGAAACAUUUGAUGCCUAUAAGAAAGAGACAUUUCAACUUCAUGCUGUUAUAAUGUGGACUAUUAAUGACUUUUCAGCAUAUGUUAACCUGUCUGGAUGGAGUACUAAAGGUCAGUAUGCAUGUCCUUGUUGUGGUAUUGAAACAACCUCACGAUGGUUACAUCAUGUUAAAAAAAAUUGUUACAUGUGUCAUCGUCGUUGGUUAGCUCCCAACCAUAAUUGGAGGUUAAAUAGUAGAGAUUUUGAUGGAACACGGGAGUUAAGGAAUCCUCCUAGAAGAAUUGAUAGAAGUGAUAUUUUAAGGCAAAUGGAUGAAUCUAGAGAAAAAGGUCUAGUGAAUGGGGCACAACCUUGGAAAAAGAAGAGUAUUUUCUUCACAUUGCCUUAUUGGCAAUAUAAUGUAUUGCGUCACAAUCUUGAUGUGAUGCACAUUGAAAAAAAUGUAUGUGAUAACAUCAUAGGUGCAUUGUUAAACCAAGAAGGAAAGUCCAAAGAUAAUUAUAAGGCGCGAGCUGACCUUAUAGAUAUGGGCAUAAGAAAUAUGCUUCACCUACAACCGAGCCCUAAAAGUAGUAUAAUGUUUUUGCCAAGAGCAUGCUAUCAAAUGACUAACAAAGAAAAGGAUGUUUUUUUGGGCAUCCUUAAGAAUGUAAAAACUCCAGAUGAAUGCUCAUCAAGCAUCCCACGUUGUGUGCAUAUCAAGCAACACAAAAUAUUUGGCUUAAAAAGUUAUGAUUGUCAUGUUUUGAUGCAAGAGCUUAUUCCAAUUGCAUUAAAGGGUACAUUUCCAGAUAAAGUCACUUCAGUUUUGAUUGAUUUUUGCAAUUUCUUCAAGCAAAUUUGUUCUAAGAUAUUUAGUGUGGAAUUUCUAGAACAAUUGGAGUCUCAAAUUGCAGUGACACUUUGUCAAUUGGAAACAAUUUUCCCUCCUUCAUUUUUUACUAUCAUGGUGCAUUUGGUAAUCCAUUUGGCAUAUGAAGCCAAGGUUGCUGGACUAGUACAAUAUAGAUGGAUGUAUCCUAUUGAGAGGUUUAAUAGACCUAGAAGGAAUGAUGAUGAAAUUGAUUCUACAUUAUCAGAUAAUGUGACAUUCUUACAUCCUAUUGGAAGACCAUUGGGGGGUAAAAGACCACACAAAUUACAAAUAGGGAAGCGAAAGAGAGUGAGUAGAACUAAACUUGGCAAAAAAGAAACAAUUUUUAGAGAACAUAUUACAGUUCUUAAAAGACAGUCUCGGCCGCGACGAUUGUCACAGCUUGAAAAUGAUAAACAACAUGGUCAAAAAUUUAUUGAGUGGUUUCAACAAAGGAUUCAUCGUUUGGAUGAACAAAUGAGUCCACAAGUAACUCAUGAACUUAGAUGGUUAGCUCGUGGGCUGUCUGAGGUAGUGAGAAGAUACACUGGUAAUGCAAUUAAUGGUUUCAGGUUUCACACAAAGAAGAGAGAGAGACAUCUGAAAACACAAAAUAGUGGAGUAGUUGUAAAGACUAAGACUUCAAAAGAUAAAAUUGAUUACUUUGGAAAAUUAACUAAUAUAAUUCAGUUAGAUUAUUUUGGCAAGUACAAGGUUGUUCUAUUCAAAUGUAAUUGGGUUGAUAUUAAGAGAGGUGUCAAGAAAGAUAAGUUUGGACUGACACUUGUGAAUUUCAAAUUUUUAAAACAUACUGGAAAAAAUAUUUGUGAUGACCCAUUUGUUUUUGCAUCACAAGCUAAAAUGGUGUUUUAUGUAUAUGAUGAGAGAAACAAGGACUGGCCUGUUGUUCUGAAUGCAAAGGUUAGGGAUAUCUAUGAUAUGGGGGAUGAAGAAUCUAACAAAGUUGAAGAAAUUCCUGAGCAAAUAAUGCAUGAUACAAGUGAAGAUACUCGUAAUGUUAUUGAUUUAGUUAGAGUUGAAGUUGAGGAUGAUAAUGGUUUCUUUGAAGUUGUUGUGGAUGUUGAUAAUCUUGGUGAUAAUGAAAAUGAAGAGGAAGAUGAAUGGGAGAAUAUGUUUUAG